UUAGGUUGUUUUUUUUGCUCUUGAAAAUCUGGAGUGGAGUGAAUGUAAAAAGAAACAAAACCUCUGGUUCUCUGAAGUAUUUUCUACUUUUAUUUCUGAUGAAGCGUAGAACAAUAAGGUGAUUGAGUCGAAGACGCCGCAAAGUGAUUAAAAACUGACGACAGCUAAAUGAGAUAUCCCUGCUACUGUUACCGUCAUUUCUCUUUAACAAACUAACCUGGAAGUGUUGAGGUGUACACACACACACCUGUGUGCGUUUUGGCACUAAUUAUGACUGUUUAUAGCGGGACAAAGAACCUUGAUAUAAAACUCUCUGAGGUGAUUAUUUUUGGUUUAAAGUCAACAAUUAAUUAUGCAAUUUUAUCCAGUGUAUGGCCUGUCUGUCAUCUCUAAAUCCUGUAGGUGUAUUUAUGUUUUUUUUUUUUUUUAAAUAAACAUUCUUUUCCAACUUAAUUUUUUUUUCUCAGAUGAUGGAUACAUCGCCACAUCAAGUUUCUUUCAUAACCUUUCAUCAGAUCAGUGAAUGUGCGCUCGGUCACUACACUCAGCAGUGAAAGGUGUUUUCUUUUGAUGAAUACAGCGACUGAAAACAAACGUUUUUUUGUUUUUUUUUUUUUUUUUUGUCUGGGGUCGUUUGUUUCUCCCGAGUUUCCCCGUUUAGCAGCUGUGAAAUGUGAGGCUUGUCUCCAGGUAGAUGGAGCGCGUCUGGGCUCGGCCGAGUCGUGUUUCGUGGAAAAAGAGCUUUGAAAAUAUCCAGGGGGUUUUGUGUUUGGUGCAGGAUGCAAGAGCUGAUUUAGUUUGAAGGACUUCUGGUAAAAGUUGUGAACAAACAUGGUCACAGUUUUGCGAGCGAGUAAAUGAGAACAUAAGUAAUUUCAAAAUGUGACAAUUGCAUUUCCAGCUGCAGGAUAACUACUCUCUACCCGUUGAGGAGCCACAGUCAACAAAAUGGGUGGCGGCUGGUGAUACGGGUGUUUGCCCAGGGCUAUAUUAGGAAUCAGGGUGCACAAGCUGCAGCUUUCCUGUUAAUUACAUUGUGAAAAAGUUUUCCAUUGUUUUUUUGUUUUUUUUUCAGCAGUCAGUACUGCUGAAAAUGUUUAAUCUGUUUUGACUAAAGAGUAAGGAGCAAGAAAUAAGACAUCAAAACCUUGGUUGGGAUCUCCUGGGACCUGGUAAAAUAAAAAGUAUUUUAAUAGAAAAUAAACGCGUGCAAAACAUAUUUUUUUCUUCAAACAAAGCCAUAAAAUAUAAGGAAAUGUUAUGUUUUCAAACAUCCAUCUCCAACUCCUGGGAAAGUGGCUAUUUGUCUCUGGAAGUACUUGGAAAAUAUCCCUCAAAUAAAAUGAUGAAACAUCAGAAAAAGAGAAAUCCUUUUUUCCAGGAAGAAAAAAAAUAAAACUAAUGCUUGUUGGUGAUGAACAGAGUGCUUUUAAAAAAAAAAAAAGACAGGCAGGCGAGUGAGGGAUUAUUACGUCCUCUGUCGGAAGACCAAGAGAAAUAAUCCACGGGCUGCAGGAGAAAGACUGGAGACAAAGGAGAAAUAUGGAGAAUGAAGAGACAGAAAAAUGAGGCCCAGUGAGAUAUAAUCAAAAAGAGGAGAGGCAGAAAGCAAAGCUGUUCCGGAGAGGUAUUUAAAUGCACUCUGUGCCCUAGGACUAGUAAAUCCAGCAGUAUUGAUGUUUGUUCACCUCCUUUACGGAGAAGUUCAGCGCCCGUGGAAAGCGGAGCUGACAGAUAACCAAUAACAAGCUCUGAUUGAUGCUCGGAGAGGGUUGUAACGCACUCUGAAAAAUAAUCCUCUGACUGACAAAUUCACUCCACAUAUGAGCUGUCGUAGUAAACGUCAUAAACCAGCGUCUUCUAAAGGAGCCAAGUUUGUUUCCAGGCUGCAGCCCAGAGAGAAAAACUAUUUUAAAUAAAGUGUGUAGUGGGUGUUCGGAGGAGACAAAGGAUGCCAUCUCCACCCAGAUGAAUAUUUGAUGAGGAGGCUGAUAUGCUCCAAUGAAACUUCAUGAAUACGCAGCAGCGUUAAUGUGGAGUCACACGGUUUAACACGCCGGCUGAGGCUUGGCUCUGUCCGCCAAACACGUGAACUAACAUCCCGACUCUCACGUCAGGGAAGGAUUAUCUACAAAAACAGCAGAACUCGUCUGUUCAACUCACUGGAAAUGAUUCAGAAAGACCUUCAACCAACUUCAGAUAUUUACAUGCACUGUAUAACACCUCACUGACAGGAAGUGAGGCCUUUUUCCAUUGCUUCAUUUGGGAAUCCCAUGAUGAUUUUUCAUUUGCUAAAUGACAGAAUGAUGACAGAUGAGUUUUUUUAGAUAGCAUACAGAUAAAACAAUGUAAAAGAGGGAAAAAACACAUUUUAUUAAAAAAAAACAUCCAUGUUGAAAAUGAUUUAUACCCUUUUCAAAUAAUCAAAUCAAACUCUUCUCAUAAUUGCUAACCAGCUUUUACCAUGUGUUAAUUUGAUAUUGUUCGUUUGAAGGCCUUUAGCUUCACCUGCAGAUUCUCUAUUCAAGUUGUUACUCUGACAACUCUGGCCACGUAUUAGCAUGUUCAUUAAAUUAAAGCAUUUCUUUGAACAUAUAUCUUUCAGGGGUCUGAAAACCAGGGCCAGCUUCUCUGGCCCUGGUUUUCUUCUGCUAGCAGCUGUGAGCUUCACCUCGGUUAGCAGAGCCCCUCUGGUUUAACGCAACCAGUUCCGGUAUCCGAGCUCCGACUUUCCGAGACAAAUUGAACGCAGCAUGAUUAUAAGCGAAACCAGUGGGAGCUAAUUAUGGCGGCGCUAACUGCUGCUACCCGUCCAGAACCUCAAUGGGUUUCUCUCCUUCCUAUUGAUUCAAACACCGAGGAAACAUGCUCACAAAUAGAGGGUGUGCCACUGAAUUGGGUAAAAAAAAAAAAAAAAAAAAUCAGAAAUGCUGAUAAAUAGUUAAUUUCUGUAACUGGUACUGCGCUUCUUAGGUGGCAGCCAUUAGUGACGCUUUUUAAAAAUCAGUGUUCGUCUGAUAAAAGGCUUAUAUUUAACGGGACACAUUUGGUGGUUCCGGGAACAAGGAAGCUGUGUGAGUUUUCCCAGAGAUGUGAAUCCGAUUCAUCCAGCUUUCUUUGGGGGAGGAUUUUCUACUCAAGGUUUUCAGUGAAUUUAGCAGCAGACUGAUACGUUUCUGUCUACAAUAAUAGAAAAAAAAAAAAAAAAAAACAGGAACAUGUUGGUGAUUGCAAAAAUAUAAUCAGGUAAAUAAAUAAGCCAGAGCCGUCCAGAGGCUAAUCACAUAAGAGGAUUAACAAAGGGUCGCUGUUAAACAAAAAGCUGGUAAAUUUUCUUCUUUUUUUUUUUCAAACAACUCUCAGUAUACAAUUCAUUGAAAAAGUAUUUACACCCCAAUUUAUUUAUUUAUUUUUCAUAUUUCAUCACAUUUAAAUGACAAGCUAAUUGAGUUCGUUGAGAUUUUGUGCAAUUGUUUUUACAAGGAAAAAUCUAAACCGUGUGGUUGGCAUUUGUAUUUAACCCCCUCUUACGCUAAUACAGAUAAAUAAAAUCCCGUUUAGAAGUUAUCUAUAGAGUCUCAGUCAGAGGCUGGUUAGCUUGAACAUAUUUAUAGAAAGAAAGAAAGAAAAACAAACAAUCAUCAGAACAAACUCAAAGGAGAAAUCAGAACUUGCAGUUUAAAAGUGACAACACCGAACAAGACCUAAUAAUGGAAGGAUCUGGAAAGUAGCGACUUGAAACAGAGAGGCUUAAAUUGUGGGGAGGUGAUUACUGGAUCAGGUUUAAUCAACUGAGUCAGGGGAUAACUGAGGAACUGAGGGGAUAAGUGACCAGAGUUAUCACUGAGAAACAGAAAGAUGACUGAACAACACAGAAGUCAAGUAAAUGACAGAAAAAAUGUCAAACUCACGAAUGAUCGUUUGAAACAAAAUGACACGCAAAACCAACGACCCGCGGAUCUUGGUCAUUUGAGAGCAUUCAGCAAGGUAGACAUUAAUCAGAGAAGAGAGAGAAGUACAUGAUAAUUAAAGAAUAACUGCAUUGAUCUACAGCUCAGGUACAUCAUGGUAGAGUCGCAAGAAAUGGUCACAAGAAAGCUCACUCAGUUCGUGUAAGGGACUCGAGGAUUAAAUUGUUUGGCAAAUAGCCAGAACCCCGUGUUAAAGUGUAAUACUCCAAAUCACGUUGAAUUCAAGAUCCUCAAUGUAACACUUGGUUGUGGCAGCAUCAGGAUGCGGGGGAUGCUGAUAGAAAACGUGUUACUGACUGACCAUAGAUCAGGAUGGAUCCAAAGGAUCUAGGACAAAUAAAAUAUAAAUUAUUUUUGCUUAAAGUAUGCUAAUGAAUGGCCCAGUUAAAGCUCAGACUCAGGAGUCUGGAAAAUAAUAUGCUGGCCGCCUGCUUUAAAAAAAAAAAAAAGUCAAUAAUAUUAAUAAUAAUAAUAAAAAAAACACGUAUCUUUCUCCUUUCCAGCGUCUCGCAGAUAAGCGCAGAUCUCUCCGCUUCUCUGUGACGCUGUGCGCCCCCCGCCCCUCCCUUCCUCUCUCCCAACAAAUGUGAGGCGCACCAGCGGGACAGACUCAGCACGGAUCCAGUUGUUGUGCGCCAACUAUCAGGAAAGUGACACUUGAAUCUAAGACCUCCACAGAAUCCAUCCGAACCGUGGAUGAGAGUCGGAGGAAGAAAAUACGUUCCGGUUUGGGGAAAGAAGGGACCGCAGAGACAGAUUUCCUCCUUUUGUUGAUCUAUUUUUAUCUAUUUUAUUUUAUUUAUUUUUUUUUUUUGAGCAGCGCGCACAGACUGACAUGUCAGCGGGAGUAAAGACGUGAAUGAAGCGCAGCGCGGCGGUUUGGUGAAAAAUAAGAGAAAAGGAUGAAAUCCAGGAGUCAGGAUCAGAGUCUGUCUGACUCCAGAGAGCUGGACAGAUCCUUCGAUCCGCUCACAGGUAACCCUCUUACCAAACCCAACAAAAAGACAAUUAAGCAGCGCUUCCUCAAACUGCUGCCCUGCUAUCACUCUGGCUCCAGCCCUUCAAUUACUCAAAGAAGUAUAACUGAAGAGGGGGAGCUGUCCACAGUGUGCUACAGACCUGAGGGGCUUGACAGUCUGGUUCAGCAGACGAAUUUCAGCAAAAAGGAGCUGCAGGAGUGCCCCAGUGGUGUUGUGAACGAGGAUAUGUUUAAAAGUAUCUACUCCCACUUCUUCCCACAGGGAGAUUCAAGUAUGUACGCACAUUUCCUGUUUGAAGCCUUUGACACCCACAACAAUGGACUGGUUAGCUUUGAAGACUUUGCGGUAAGUCUGUCCAUCAUUUUAAGAGGAUCCAUCACUGACAAACUGAACUGGGCCUUCAAUCUGUACGACCUGAACAAGGACGGCUGCAUCACCAGAGAAGAGAUGACAGACAUAAUGCACUCUAUCUACAACAUGAUGGGGAAGCACACUUACCCCAGCAUGAGGGACAGCGCUCCAAAGGAACAUGUUGACAGCUUCUUCCAGAAAAUGGACAAGAAUAAAGAUGGAGUGGUCACCAUUGAGGAAUUCUUGGAGACAUGCCAAAAGGAUGAAAACAUCAUGCACUCCAUGCACUUGUUUGACAACGUCAUCUGAAUGCUGACGGAUGGAAGACGAGAAAAUUCCCCACCGCUGUUUGGAGCUCUGUUGCCUUUAAACAGCUCCCCGCCUGAGUGGUGGUGAGGUUUCUGUUCCUGCAACAAAAAAAAGGAGGAAAUCCACUCCACCUCCUAGAAACUAAAGACAAUAAGCAGAAUGAGCCAAAUAAUAUGUCUCAAAUGUGUUUGGCUGUAUGCAGGGGAUGACGUGUAACCUGUAAAUACCUCUGCUAACGUAACAUAAGAAAACCCCAGAUAUAAUCCAGACCAGCCAUAGUUGCUAUAUUUUAAUGCAUGGAAAAGAUGAGAGCGCUUCUCUCUUUGCACAUUCAUCGACAUUAGAGACAAAACCUGAAUGUUUACAGAAACACUCUCAAACAAUGAAGUUACGCUCAAAAUGUAAAGUUUGCAAACUUUCUGAAAUCACUGUCCAGUCCUGGAACCUGAGAUGAGAUAAACGCAUGAAAUGAAGCCAUAAUCUUCCAACAACCUCUGUGUCCUAGUAAAAACCUAACACAUUAACAUCAA